AUGGCUGCCCAAGGAGAACCCCAAGUGCAGUUCAAACUUGUAUUAGUUGGUGAUGGAAGUACUGGAAAAACCACCUUUGUAAAACGUCACUUGACUGGUGAAUUUGAGGAGAAUUAUGUAGCCACCUUGGGUGUUGAGAUGCAUCCUCUUGUGUUCCAUACUAACAGAGGGUCUAUUAAAUUCAAUGUAUGGGAUACAGCUGGCCAAGAGAAAUUUGGUCACCUGAGAGAUAGUUAUUACAUCCAAGCUCAGUGUGCCAUUAAAAUGUUUGAUGUUACAUCAAGUUACUUACAAGAAUGUACCUAA